CUUGAACCAGAUUUAGUCACAUCAGCUUGUUUCAGAGUGACCUAUGCUGGAGGGAGCAUGUGUUCAUCAGGAGAGAAACAAUGUUCAAUCGUGUUUCCAACAGAAAUCUUUCUCCACCAGACCUCUGUAGACCAACAUCAUGUCAAAAUCAACUGCAGCAGCAGCAGCAGCAGCAGCAGCAGCAGCUGUUCUCUGACUGAUCCUCAGGCCUCCAUUGUUUUGUUUAGGAACAGAAAACCAGAGCAAAAGAAAACGUUUCCCUUAACAUCUACAGAGACCUUCACUUGUGCUGUAAAAGAUCUUCAGGAUAUUCAUUCAGCUGAUGUCUGUCUUGAUCACAGCAGCUGCUGGACUGUGAAUUGUUUCCCAAAAAGAAUCUGUGCUCUGAAAGGCUCUUCUCUGAAUAUCUCCUGUGAAUAUUCACAUCCUCAACACCAGCAGCUAAUAAUGAAACGUUGGUUUAAAAUAAACAGAAAUAUAAACCAGAAAGGAGAAGAGAUUAUAGAAAAAAAGAACAAGGUGAAGUUUUAUGACUCCCCGAACAAGCAUAACCUUAGAUUUGAAAAACUGAGUAAAAGUGACUCAGGAGAAUAUGUGUUUGAAAUAGGAGAAAACUCUAAUGAUCUGAAAGAAUCCACUUUUCCUGAAGUUACUUUGAUUGUCACAGAUCUGAGAGUUGAGAUCAGACCUUCUUCAGAAGUGACUGAGGGUCAGAAAGUCACAUUAACAUGCAGCACCAGCUGUCCUCUGACUCCCAACUCAAACUUUCACUGGUAUUUGAACCAUCAACCUCUGAAGGGGGAAAACAAACACCUGGUCAUAGAUGCAGUCACCAGUCAGGAUGCAGGAAACUACUCAUGUGUUGUUAAAACAAAAGAAAUCUUCAUGUCAUCAGUGAAGACUCUCACUGUUAAAAGCAUCAACACAACAACACAGAUCGAAAUUGUUGGAGGAGUUUCACCAAAAGUCAUAGUCUUAGUCUUAGUUUCAGUCUUAGUCAGUAGUCUUAUUUGUCUCACAGUUUUCUUGUGGAUUAGGAAGAAGAGAACCUCCACUCAGUCCUCAAGUUCUGAAGCCGUCAAAAACUUGUAUACGUUAAACACUGAUCACCUGUACGAGGAAAUCCCAGCAGAAGCAACAGAUAAUAGACUUCACCACAGCCAAGUUAACCAUGAAAACACGUUUGUCUACUCCACCAUCCAAGCUCAUCAGGAACAAGAGCAUGUCCCCUAUGCUAUAACCAAGGUCAGACAAAAGUCAGACCUGGAAACGGUGAAUGAUGUUCUGUAGCUUGCAUGGACCAAAGCAACAGUCACACUUCCUGCCCACAUUCAAGCACCAAUGGCAGCAAAACUGCUUCGCCAGAUGUCAACUAGGCCAUUGGGAGCACCAAAGAUUUAGUGGAUUGCCCAAGGGGACUUUGACACGUGGUCGGAAAGAAGAGAAACUGAGCCUACAUUCCUGAUAUCACAGGUUGAAAUCUGAAACUCUGGAGUAACGUUAAAAUGUGUAACUAAUUUAAAUGAAUAAAGAUUUGUAGGUAUUCAAUGUAAGCAUAGAGCAUAACAUGACAGAGUUUUUCUGGCUGUGAACUUUUAUGUCUCAAUAGUGGAACCAUAAUAAAUGGUAAAUGUGGUUUACUCAUAUAGCACUUUAAUACCUAAAUACACUUUAUAGUCACAGCUUCAU